CACACAAAAGGGGAAAUAAAAAGAGAGAUCCACAAAAAUAUACUCAAUCAAUUGUAAAAAUCGAGUAAUUCAAGUCCGCACCCUGACCUUCAGACAUUAAAAAAAAUCUAGGAUGGCACCCGUUAAACCCCAACUUUUCUGUCGUUAACCGGAUAGAAUAAUAUUGUAGAAUCAGGACUUCGAGAUCGAGACUAGUGUUACGGCGAUGGCAGCAGCGGCGGGUGAAGAAAUCGAUUACGAAAGCGAUCCGGAGGAGGCGAAGCUAUCGAUGAAGAUGCGGAGGCGAGCGGAGGCGAGCGACGACGAGGCGGAGGAGGGAGGCGAAAUCAGGGGAAAACCACCGCGAGGGGCUGAAGAUGAUUCUGGUGGUGAAUCCGAGGGUGCUGCGGCGGAAUACGAGGAUGAAUACGUGGAAGAUUAUGAUUUGGACGAGGAGUAUGUGGAGGAGACAGAGGAGGCGGAUUAUAAUGACGGAGAAAGUGGCGGUGGGGAAGGGGCAAAGGCAGCGGCGGUGGCUGUGGGAAGAGGUGAUGCAGGGGAAGAUGGAGACGUCACGGAUGAGGUAAAGAGGGUUAACGAUGACGCUGGUGAAAUUAACGAUGGUAAUUUGAAUACUGAGGAUGGUCAACUUGAAGUAGAAAAGAAGGAGAUGGAGCCCUAUUCCGUGCCUACGGCUGGGGCAUUCUACAUGCAUGAUGAUAGGUUUAGGGACAGUGCUGGCGGACGAAAUAGGCGGAUGCUUGGAGGAAGAAAGUUGUGGGAGUCCAAAGAUGAUAUGAAAUGGGGACACGAUAAGUUUGAGGAGCUGACUUCACAGGAAAGGACUCACCAAGAGCAUAGAAGGAGGGGUCAUCGGGGACGUAAUCGAGGUCGUGGUCGGAAUAGAUAUGCCCAAGAAAACAUGCCUAGAGAAGUCACUAAUAAUGGCACCAAGAAUAACAAUCAGGACAGUGCUCCCAAGAGUUUUAGGGGGAGAGGACCUCGAAGGUAUCAGUCAUCCUCUAAGAACAAGGCGUCUCUUACUCAAGACAAACAACCGUUGUGGAAAUCAAAGGAGAAGCCUACGUAUGUUCGUUCUGAAAAAACCAGUGAAUCUAUGUCUAGUGCGGGGCCUGAGACAGUGCUGCCGAGAAAACAAGUGCUUGCAUCCAGUUUGAGCAUUGCUUCCCCCCCAUUUUAUCCAUCUGGCUCAUCCACAAAAGACCACAGUGGCCCCAGUAACGAGUUACAAGCUGGCACUAUUAAUCGGCACGGUCAGCCAUCAACAAUUGGCAUGGAUAAGCUUUAUAUUGAUGAUUCACUUUCUGUUUCUACUGGAAAACCUGCAAACACUGGGCAAAUGCCUUUGUCUGGUCAAUUAUCUUUGAACUCUGGUCGAGGAAAAGAACCAGCUUCAUUGACUCAAGUCAACAGGGUAAAUUCUGCAAACCAGCUGCAGGCAGCCCAGGGGAAUCACAGUCAAAUUCGUGGUCAGUCUUCUUUGCAGUUUACACCUCGUGGAUCACGAGCUUCUUCCCCUUCAGAAACUAGUGGAACUGCGAGUGCAGUUGAAUCUCUGGAAGCAGAGCCAAAUAGAUCCAAGACUGCAUUGGUCCCUAAAGGAAAAGGCACCACUCAUGGCAGUGGAAGGGGGUCCUUCUUGUAUGGCGGAGCACAUGUUAUGGGGGCCUCUGGCAAUAUGAGCAGUGGUCAUGGAGAUCCGAAUUUCCCGGCUUUUUUGCCAGUAAUGCAGUUCGGCGGUCAGCAUCCUGGAGGAAUAGGAGUUCCUGCUGUUGGCAUGGCCUUCCCUGGAUAUGUUGGUCAACCCCAGCUUGGUCGAGGGAGUUCAGAAAUGACCUGGCUGCCAAUUUUAACUGGUCCUGCUGGGGCACUGGGGGCAAGAUAUGGUGCUCCCUUUGCUGUUGAUGAUUCAUAUCAGGCUCGCCCAUCGGGACAAAUAUCUUCCGUAAAGGCUGCUUCAAGUAAAGAACAUAAUACAACGAAUUCCGUGGGUGAAAUGGACUCUGCACGGGGACCUGAGCUUGAAAAUAAUGACUUCGGCCAGAGGCAAAAGAAUCCUCGCAGGCAAGUGGAAUACACAGAGAUGAAAUUUGACCAGUGAACUAUUUACCAAGCCAGAAUAACUCAGAAAUAGUCGCACUCAAGAUUUCUUCCAUCUGUUGGUUGUUGCGGAGUUUAUUGGUUGUGCUUUUGGUUCUACAAACCUUUUUCUUUUGGUUCUACGAGCCGUUUUAUUAGGCCCUUUGUGUCCUACGAAUGAUCUGGAGUACAUAUGGGCUUCCUCUUAUUCUGAGAUAAAUUAGGUAUUGCAUGAAAGAAAACGCCUGUUCUUGCUGCUUGGUCAAAGGAAGAAUAUUGCAGCUUGAUGGGUGGCAGUUUGUUGCAGUUAUAUGCUGUUCUUGUGCACUCGUCUCUCAGUGAAAGCAUGUUAGAAGAUUGUUAGAUUUGUUGGAACCCUAAGAUGUUGAACAAUCGUCUUCUUCUCGUCCCAAGUUUGAAGUAAUUAUUGAAGAAAUAUGAGGCUGCUGCUGAUUGAUUUUAUUGAAUGAAGUACUUUUCUUUUCUCUCUUUCCAGGCUGCUAUCAUAAAUCUGUACUGGUUGCUCAUUUCCUUGUUCUCUGAUACUCUUGUUUUGAUUAAUCUUCUUAUCCUGUGUUUUUCUUGGUGUUAAAUUAUUUCCUAUGCUUGAGUAUAUCUUUUGAUGGUGACGAAAGUGUGGUUUCUUAUGAAUUGUGGCAAUGGGAUUAUUAGGGCGUUAUUAACAUUUUCAUUUUCAUCUCACGCACACCUUUUUUUCGUUAUUGUGUACAUAAUUUGUAAUUAAUCUCAA